AUGUUCUUUAUUUUAACAAAAUAUUUCAACGAAAAAAAAAAAAACUAUAAAUUUUUUCAAACAGCAAACAGUACAUUAUAUGGUAGAAAAAAAAAAUUAAGAGGAAAAACAACUAAAUAUAUUAAUUAUUUUUUUUUAAAAAAGAAAAAAGUUGAAGAACAAAUAUAUUACAAUAAUAUAAAGAGGAAACAUUUUAAAGAUGUUUCUUCUCCAUUUCAUAUUAUUUGUAAUCUUAAAAAUGAUAAAUUAAAAUUCUUGAAAAAAUGUAAUCUUUCGGAAAAAAAGCAUAUAUUAGAGAAUACACAUAUAAAAUUCGAAAAUCCUAAUAUUAGUCAAAUAAAAGAAAUCAGAGAUGCAAAUGAAAAUAUUAGAAAUAAUGAAGUGAUAAUACAUGAUAAAAAUUAUGUGUGUGAAGAUGAAAAAAAAUUACUCGAUUUAUAUAAUGAAGAAUAUCUUUUCCUUCCAAGAAUGAAUAUAAAAAAAGACAGAAAAUUAAAAGAUUUAAAAAACAUGAAUAAUAUUAAUAAUGUAAUAGAUAUAAGAAAAAAUAAAGAUUUAAGUAAUUUAUACUUAAUUACCAGCUUAAUCAAUAUAUAUCAUGAUAAUAAUUACAAUUAUUUGAUUUUAAAAAUAUUAAAAGAAAUAAAAUAUAUAAAUUAUAUGAAUAUAAAACAAAUAAGUCUAAUCAUUUACAACUUAUACAAAUAUUAUUUUAUUAACUACAUAAAGAAUAUGUUUUCUAAUGAUGAUAUUAUAAAUUUUAAUUCUUUUUACAAUUAUUAUUAUAUAUUAGAUGACUUCAUAUAUAAUGAAAAUAUGAAAUAUGAAUUGAUAGAUUUAAAUAUAAUUAAACAAUUUCUUAUAUCUUUAUCAAUUGAUAUAAAAAAAGAUAUACAUUAUGAAACUGAUUUUAAUGUUUUAAGUAAAAUUAUUUUUGUAUUCUCUUAUUUUUCAAUUAAUGAUAAAAAAUUAAAUGAACUUUUAAUUGAUAGAAUCUUUAAAAGUCUUCAUAUAAAGAAAAAUAAAAAAAUAAAAUAUUUUUCGUUAAUAUCAUUAUCAUUUGAGAAUUUGAAACUAUAUUAUUCUAAAUUUGUAUUUAUGCAUUCAUAUAUUAUUAUAAAAAAAAUGAAGAAAUUAUCAAGAAAAUAUGGAAACUCAAUAAUUUAUAAAAAAAAAAAAUUAAAACAAAUAAAUCUAUUUGAUUUUCAUAAAAAACAAAAAAAAAUACCAUUAGUAGAACUAAAAGAUAUUUUUGCCUAUAUGUAUAUUCUUAAAAAAAAUAAUUUAAAAAAUAAUCAAUUUAUCAUGGAAUUAUUAAAAUAUUGUAAUUUAUUUUUUAAAAAAAAUUUUUCUAAAGAGAAAGAUAAGUAUAUUUAUUCAUACAUUCAAAAUUUUAAUAAUAAUUUUCAUAAAGAUGAUAAUUUAUCAACUAAAGAAAAAAUAAUGAAAAAUUGCGUUUAUUAUAGAUCAUUAAAAAAUAUAAAAAUAGAAAAACAUAAUGAAGAUAAAAAAAAAAAUUUCUUAUUGAAUUCUUAUAAUAGUAUGAUACUAAAAAAAAAAAGAAAAAACAAAAAAUUGAACAAAUAUUUGGCCUUAUAUUCUUUGUAUAACAUAAAUAAAAACAUACAACGUCUAGAAUCAUCAAAAAAUAAUUAUUCUAAUGAUACUUUAAUACAAAUUAAAAAAGUAAAUAAUAAUAUUGAAAAUUAUUCUGAAGAAGGUAAAAAACAAAAAGACAAAAUAGUUUUACAGGAGAAAAAUUGUUUUAAAAAAACUGCAAAUAAUAUAAUAAAUCAAAAUAUUAAUAAUUGUGUUUCAAGAGAAAAAACUAGAGAUAUAUCAGAAAAUAAUCUGAAAGAUAAAGUAGAAUAUAAAAAUGAUUCUAUUAUUUCACCAAUUCAAAGUAAUGAUGUAUUAAUAACAAAUAAUUCUUUUUCAAAAAAUUAUGAAAUUGAUAUAUUUUGUCUUAUAAUACUUUUAAAUCAUUUAAUUACUUAUGAUUUCCUUUUUCUUAAAAAAAUACCAAUUUUCCAUAAUUUGAUAAAAUUAUAUUUAGAUUUAAUAAGAAUUUCAAAAUUAAAGCAGAUUCACUUUUUUUAUUUUUCUAAAAUUAUUAAAAUUAAUGAAUAUAUGAAUAUAUAUAAUAAUUUUAUAAUUAAAGUAAUAUAUUCUUCUAUUUUUUUUAAAUUCAAAAAUAUUGCUUUAUUUGGCACGGGUGUAUUAAAUUUUUAUGUAGAAAAUUUAUGCUAUUAUGUAAUUAUAUUAUAUCAAAAUUUACUAAAAAUGAAAAUAAAAGAUUACAAUUUAAAUAAUAUAAUUUAUAUAUAUUUAAUCAAAUUCUUAGAAAAAUAUAAGAAAAUUAGUCAUAUACUUUUAUAUCGUUAUUUAAAGUUGUUUUAUUCAAUGAAAAUUUGCUAUGAACCUAAGAAAAAUUAUUAUGAUAAAUUAAUAACUUAUAAGAAAAGUUCCUUAAUAUAUGAUAAGGAAGAUUUUAACAUGACUUAUAAAAAUACAUUAUUAUAUAAGAAAUUUGAGUUUUUAAUUUUUGAGAAUCUAAUAUCAUUAAAAUGGAACACUCUUGAUAAUUUUUAUUUAAUAAAAUUUUAUAAAUAUAUAAAUAAAUUAAAAUUACAUGUAGUCAUUAAUGGUGAAAUGAAAAAAAAUUUAGAUAAUGUAUAUAAAAAGUUACAAGAUAUAAUAAAAGAAAAAAAAUGUGACAUAAAUUUUUUAGAUAUAUUGAAAUUAUACAUAAAUAGCAAUAAUGAACUAAAAAAAAAAAUAUUUCAUUUAGAAUACUUUUUUAAUAAUUUAUUAUCAAUUGGUAAUAUAGAACAAUUGGACAGUAGUAAUUUUAUUUUAUUUUUUAAAACAACAUUUUCAUAUAUAUAUCUAAAUAAUACACACAAAAAAAAAUUUUUUAUUAAAAAUUUUGAUUGUAUUAAAUUAAUCAAUUUAAAUAGAAAUUACAUAAAUAAAAAUAUAGAAAAAAUAAAAAAGAAAUAUAUAUAUUUAAUAAUUAUAUAUAAUUUUCUUUAUUUACAUAAACUUUUUCAAAAAAAACUUGUAUAUCAUAAAAAGAUUAUAAAUAUAAAUCAUGUAGAAAUAAUGUUUGAAAUAAUUAAUAAAUGUUUGGAGAAUUGGUAUUUUAUUAAUGAUGAAAAAAAUGCUCUCAUAUAUAUUUUUCUAUUAUAUUUUAAUAGUUUAAAAAAAAAAAAAAAAAAUUUUUUUUUUACCAAAAAACAUUCAAAAAAAUUUCUAGAUAUUUCAAAAAAUUGUAUUGAAGAAAUGAAUAAAUUAUGGAAUAUAUAUUUUAAUAAUUCUUACACUACAUAUAUUAAUCCAUUACUUUUGUUUUUUUUAUUUAAAUAUAAAAUAUUUUUAAAUAAUUACAGUAGAAAAAAAGCAAAAUCAAUGAUAGAAAUUAUUAAUAACAGAACCAUAUAUUAUCACAUGUUGAGAUCAAAAAAUGAUUUUAUAUUUCUUAAUACUAUUUUUUUUUCUAUAAUAAAAAAUAAUUAUAUUUUAAAAAAUGAGCUUUUUGAUGAUUUUACUAAUUUAUAUUUUAAUAAAAUUACUUUUAAGUCUUUUAUUUGUAAUAAUUUUGAAAAGGAUAAAAAAAAAAAUUACUAUGAUUUAUUUGAGACAAUAAAACUGAAUAUUCUAAAUAAAAGUGAAAAUAAUAAUAAAAACAUUAUUUAUAGUUUUAUAGCUAGAAGAAAAUCAAUUGAAUAUUUAAUUAAAACUGUUUUAAAUAGAAAGAAAUAUGAAAUGUAUCUGUUAUAA